CUUUUUUUUUUAUUUUGGUACAAACACAAAUUCACGACGUGGCAACACCGCCACUUGUUUUUCAUUUGACAUUGAAGGUGAACACAUUUCCAGCUGGUGGGUGGAAAAGGACUACCAUUGCGGUACCAUACAGGCAAUUAGUAUAACAACGGCGCUUUUGUGGAGCUACGCUGUGGGCCGCGCUGCCCAGUACCGAUUAUCAAAGAACUUAUGCUCUAGUGAGCCAAAAACAGUAAUAAUAACGUUUAAGAAAAUGGCUGGUAAUCUGCCUCCGUUGAAUCAAGAGCCCAUCUUUAAGAAGCUCCAGGAGUACUAUGACACUCACCACAAGGAUCUGGUUAUUAAGGACCUGUUUGUCAAUGAUCCAAAACGGUUUAACAAAUAUAGCUUGCGCCUGCCAACGCCUAGCGAUGGUGAAAUACUGUUGGAUUACUCAAAGAAUCGCGUGAAUGAAGAUGUGUGGCCUCUAUUGUUGGAACUGGCGAAAGUGCGACGCGUGGAGGCGGCACGUGAUGGCAUGUUCUCCGGACAGCAUAUCAACAUUACCGAGAAUCGUGCCGUCCUGCAUACGGCAUUGCGUAAUCGUAGCCUGGACCCGGUGCUGCUGGAUGGUAAGGAUGUGAUGCCCGAUGUGCGUGCCGAACUGGCGCACAUGAAAGAGUUCACCAACAAGGUAAUUUCUGGCGUUUGGCGUGGCAGCACUGGCAAACAAAUCACCGAUGUGGUAAACAUUGGCAUUGGAGGCUCCGAUUUGGGUCCACUCAUGGUCACCGAAGCGUUGAAGCCUUACGGCAAAGGCCUGCAUUCGCAUUUCGUGUCCAACAUCGAUGGUACCCACAUGGCCGAGGUCCUCAAAAAGGUCUCUUAUGAGACAACGCUAUUCAUCAUCGCGUCGAAAACAUUUACUACUCAGGAGACCAUCACGAACGCCACAUCGGCCAAGGCUUGGUUGCUGGAGCACGCCAAGGAUGAGGAUUCGGUAGCUAAACAUUUUGUAGCUCUAUCCACAAACAAGGAAAAGGUGACCGCAUUUGGCAUUGACAGUGCCAACAUGUUUGGCUUCUGGGAUUGGGUGGGCGGACGUUACUCCCUGUGGUCGGCAAUUGGACUCUCCAUUUGCUUGUCCAUUGGAUUCGAGAACUUUGAACAGUUGCUUGAAGGCGCCCAUUUUAUGGAUAACCAUUUUAAAACUGCACCACUGACGAAAAAUGCACCAGUUAUUCUGGCACUACUUGGCAUUUGGUAUUCGAAUUUUUAUAACGCCGAGACACACGCUCUACUGCCAUACGAUCAGUAUAUGCAUCGAUUUGCGGCAUAUUUCCAGCAGGGUGAUAUGGAGAGUAACGGCAAGUUUGUCAGCAAAUCUGGCAAAAAGGUUGGCUACAACACGGGUCCAAUUGUUUGGGGCGAGCCGGGCACAAACGGUCAACAUGCUUUCUAUCAGCUGAUACAUCAGGGCACGCGUCUUAUUCCUUGCGAUUUUAUCGCGCCUGCACAGACGCACAAUCCCAUUGCUGGUGGCAAGCACCAUAAGAUUUUGCUGUCGAAUUUCCUAGCUCAAACCGAGGCAUUAAUGACGGGCAAGACCUCCGACCAGGCCAAAGAAGAGCUGUCUAAGGCGGGCUUGUGCGGCAACGAACUGGAUAACUUGUUGCCACAUAAGGUGUUUGCCGGCAACAGGCCGACCAACUCGAUUGUAGUCAAGAAGGUAUCACCAUUCACAUUGGGAGCAUUGAUUGCACUCUACGAACAUAAGAUCUUUGUUCAGGGCAUCAUUUGGGACAUCAACUCAUUCGAUCAAUGGGGCGUCGAAUUGGGUAAACAGCUGGCCAAGGCCAUCGAACCAGAGCUUGAUCAUUGCGAAGAAGUCUCCGGACAUGAUAGUUCCACGAAUGGCUUAAUUAAUUUCAUUAAAGCCAAUUGGAAGUAAACCGUGCAGCCCAACAUUGACAAUUAGGUCUUUUACUUAUUUAUAUACUCGCGCAAAAUUAAUAUAUAUGUAACCAUAUAUACUUACACUAUAUUUGCAUGCAUAUUGAAAUUAUACGUAAAGCAUUUGUUUGCAAAUUGGCAAAAAUCUCACUAUCGGUAGUUACACUAUUACACAAAUAUAUGUUGUUAUUUGGCAGUAGUUAAUUACAUGUAAAAAACAAAAAAACUAACGCAUGAAAUUUAAAGCAUAAAAUGUAUUUGGAACAAAA